GCGUACCGUCGCGAGUGGAGAUUGGUAUGGAGAAUAACAUUAAGUAAAUUAGAGAAGCAACAACCGACCGAAACGAAUAACCAUCAAUAAUAACCACAUGUUCUGACUCAUUUUUGUCAUGUGGACAGCAGCGUAGAUGAUGGUAAACUUGUAAAAAAAACAAUCUCGAACGCGAAACGAAAUGUAAAAAAGGCCUAGCAGAGACAGAAUAUUAGCGUAACUUCAUAGGAGUCGAUUAAUUAUAAAGCUCAUUUCAUCAGUAUACCAAAGCAAAAUUGCAGGCACAACUAAUUUAUAAUAAAUUGCGAUAGAUGCUGAAACAAUUUCGAUAGAUUUGAUAAUUGUGAAGCAAACGAAUUAAAUCGAAAAAGAAAGAAAAAAGCACGUUUUAUUUUAUCAGUUGAAGUAGAACGCGCGAAAAUAAUAUUACCGUUUUACUGGUUUUAACAAUCGAGCAUUUGAAUAAACGGUUUAAAAAAAACCAUUUCAUUUGUUUAGUGCACAAAACGUGAAAGUUCUUCUCCAAUAUACACAUAUUUUAUUGCGGCGCAGCAAACAUAAAAUAAAGAAGAACAUAUGUCAAUAUAAUUCAGAAGGAUGGGAGUAGCAGAUGAUUUUGCUCCAAGUUUUGUAAAAAAGCCGCAACUACGUCAGGAAGAUGACGGAAAUCGCUUGAUAUUCCAGUGCGAAUUGCUAUCAUCGCCAAAUCCCGAUAUCGAAUGGUAUCGCAGCGAUCAAUUGAUCGUUCAAGAUGCUCGCACGACCUACAAAAUUCAAUCGAUUGGUGAAAAUAAGUAUAGUGUUAUUUUGGAUAUUGAUGAUGUGGCCGAAACGGAUGCUGGUCUAUACAAGGUCAAAGCCAAAAAUGCAAUGGGAGAAGUGGCUGCCUCAAUAAACUUGAACUUUAGCCCCGCCGAUGAGCCAAAAGAGAGGUGA